AUGCCGUCGGUAGCCCGUCCGCGGAGAACCCGCAUUGAUCUGCUGUCGGUGGAGCUGAUGCAACUGGCCACUCUCCUGGUCAUCCAUGCGACGGAACUGCUCACUAAUGUGCGCAAGGGCAUCAUACAGUUUGCCUGGCACCAUCUCAAGAGCGACGACACCACGGUCAAGCACUCCGGAUACGUGCUGGUGGCUCACUUUGUGCAGGCCUACCCGACGCCGGAGAAGAUCCUCAUCCAGGUUUAUGUCCAACUGCUAAGAGCGUUCCAGCCCGAAGCUCGGACUUUAGUCAAACAGGCACUCGAUGUGUUGGUACCAACUCUUCCCUUUCGUCUACCACCUGAUGACGAAUGGCCCGAUAGAUGGAUACGACUCACUCGCAAGGUCAUCAUGGAGGAAGGCCACUCACUGCCCCAGCUUACGCACGUGUGGGCUGUAGUGGUACGUCAUGCCGACCUCUUCUAUGAGGCUCGGUCGCUCAUAGUGCCGCAGAUAUCGAAUUCUCUGCCGCGUAUUGGACUACAGGUCAAUGCAGCACCCGAAACCAAAAAAUUGGGUGUGGACCUGGCGGCGCUGGUGAUGUCUUGGGACCUCCGUGCGCGGACCGAGAAUGAGGAGAGGGCGGGCAGGAGAGGGUCUGGCGACAGUACCGAAAUGCCCGAAGGCAAGCGUUACAUGCCCUCUGACGGACCGGAUGGUCUCGCGGCAUCCUCCAAGCGCCUGCGUACAGAGAGCGGCGCAGUGUCUGUGUCAGCCGAGCCAGAUAAUGCCGAUGGGAACGGUAGCUCUUCCGACGACGAUUAUCGCGUGGCUGCAGGGGUACCGGAAAUGAUCGUCAACUUCCUCAUACGAUUGGCGUGCAUGUCCCACGAUUUCUCGCGUAGAUGUCUGCAGCUGCUUCAACAGAUUCUGCAUGAUGGUGUCUGGCCGGAUGCGAAUGUCAAGUUUGUAUACUUUGACAAGCUCAUGCAUCAAAUGAAGCCCACAGACUCCAGCAACUGCGAGACAGUGAGUACCGCUGUGGAGAUUUUGCGUAUUGUGCUGUCGUCCCGCACACCAGGGAAGAUUCUCUUCAACAUCCACGAGCUCAGCGGCAGUCUGAGUGCAUUACUCAAGUUCACGGACGAACGCGUGCUUACGCAGUUUAGACUGCUGCUGCGUCUGUUGUUGAAGACAUACUCCAUCCCCAGUUUUGUGCUCAAGGCCUCGCGGGAGGACACGUACGGCAAACGACCCGAUGGUACAAGUGGCGUCUCCCCCGGCCUGGGCUUCCUGGACAUAGAGCUAGGGCUAAACGUCAACCUGGAACGCACUGGGGCGGAGGCGAACGAAGCGCUCAACAAAUUCUACGGAACCAUUGCACAGCGCAUAACCCUCGCACUGGCACAGGCCGAUGCUCAGGCAACGGCGGCGAAAGCCGCGGCGUCAGCAGCAGCAGUUGCGGCUGCAGGUACGGCUGCUGCGGGAGAGGCGGCUACGGACGCUGGGUCUGCCACCAAAAAAGCAACGACUGCUGCCGCAUCUAAGGCCGGGUUGUCUGCGGCGACCGUUGCUGCUGCUGCUGCUACCCUGGUACCAUUGAAAGCUGCCGCCUUAGGUGGCCUCGGCCUACCCCAGUCACCAGGGCCUGCGCAACCGGCGGUGCCUCUGUAUCCCAUGCUGGGCUUGCUGUUGGAAAUUGGCGGCAAAUGCCCCGCCUACGUGGACGGCUUCAUACCCCGGUUGUGCGACCGGCUGCGCGAUCUACUCAGCGAACACUUGGGGACUACGGCCACCGCUGCAGCAAACGCUGCGUCUACCAGCGCGGCCGCUUCAGGGGCUGCCAGAAGUGCGGCCCAGGUGUCGCAGCAACAACAGCAGUUGUACAGACAGCAGAAAGGAACAGCCGCGGCACAUGCUCACUCAGAGGCAGACGUCCGCAAGCUCAUCACCAUCAUAAUCCGCAUCAUAUGCCUGCGUGUAGAUAAACUCAAGGGAGUGCCGUCCGGGAAGUCCGUUGCACCCGCCAAACCGGAGUCUGCAGCCGGUGGCGGGGUGCCUAUGCAAACCACCGACAGUGCCAAGGCGACAUCGGCGAAUGCCAAGAGGAAUGGGAAGGGGGCGACGGUUGAUGUGGAGCAUACGGACGCGCACAUAUACUUCCUGGCCGCCCUAGGCGAGAUCAUCACCGCUUCACAAUCCGUGUCCCUGAUCACUCAUGUGAUUAGCAUCGCGCGGCAGUGGAUGUUUCCCAGUGAGCAAGCCGAGAGCGCAGCAUACGCCAGCUCAGCGGAUGGCAGUGUGGACAAUGACGAUACACCAUCUGCCAAGGCGGCCAUGCCUGUCAUGGACACGUGCAUGCUGCUGCUGAAGAUGGGCACGCUGCUGCGCUUCGACCAGGACGCGCCCGUGAACAAGGCGUUCCUGUCGCUGAUACUGGCCUUGUUUGCGGAUGCAGAGAAGAUGCAGAUGAUCAACGCCGACGCUGAAUUGCGCAAGGGUGUGCAGCCGCUGCUCAUGGUCGGCCUACGCGCGGACAAGACGCCGGACCAACGCGCACUGUUUCUGCAGUACCACAACUCGUACGUACCCCAGACGGCCAUUGUCGAUAGACUGCACUUCUGCAUCUCCGGCCAGAGCUGGGAGGCGGCGAGAGGCUACUUCUGGCUGACUCAUUGGGUUGAAAUCAUGCUGGGUGUGGUCAUGGCACGCAAGCCGGUGACCGCCAGUGGGACACCCCCGUCCACGACUGAAGCCUCCCACAGCGCCACAGACGCGGAUGUUACUGCGGACACCGACGCUGCCACGAAGACAGGCACCCCCAUGGAUGUCGAUAAGGACACAGAGUCCACGUACGACACCAUGUGCAGCACGCAGGACCAGUGGACUGCGUCUAUUGUCCACCGGUCGCUGGCUGGAGAGGUGCUGCUGCCGGUGCUGAGUCUGUGCCAGUUGUCGCCCUCCCACGCUGCGCAGGUUUGGUCAGACCUCUUUCCCGUGGUCUGGGAGCAGCUGAGUGCGGACGAGCAAGUGACCAUUGGCAGCAAACUGGUGCACUUUAUGACGCGCGCGUACCAUUCGGUACAGAAGCUGCAACGGCCCAACCCCCUGGCAACGUUGGUAGAGGCCCUUGAGAAGUGCAAUCAGGGCGCGGGCGGUGUGCGGAUACCCAUUGAGGUGCUGCAAAUGGUGGCGCAGCAACACGGCUUGUGGCACUCCGCCUGCGACCGCCUGCUAGCGAUAGUUGACGAGGCUCACCUGUCAGAGAAGGCACCCGGAGCUCGUGGUGCAAAGGGCGUAGGCGCAGGUACGUUGAGCGGCGCUACAAAAGUGGUCGAUAUCACCCCACCCAGCGGUACAGCCAUGGACAUAGGUGGCGCGUUGGUGCCUGCUGGUGCCGCUACUACCACUGGCGGGCCUGCUUUAGAGACCGAGACCGAGCAGGCCGCGGCGAAAGCUGAGCAUGACAGGGCCGUGGCUGCGCUUAGCUCACUGUUUGAGCAGAUGAGCGAACGCGAUCUGAUGUUUGGCCUGUGGUAUCGAGAGGCCCACUACCGCGAGACCGUGGAGGCGCUGUCGUACGACCACGGAUGCUACUGGACACGCGCGCAGCUGGCGUACGAGGCAGCCUUUGACAAGUACCGAACCGGCCCGCUAUACAGCGCGGAGCUGUCCAUGCUGCAGGAUCGAUGGAUCGAGUGUGCGCGGCAUCUGGACCAGAAUAGCAUGCUGCUGCAACUGGCGCAGGCCGAGAACAUGCCUGAACUGCUGCUGGAUUGUGCGUGGAAGCUUGGUGACUGGCCGCAGCAGAUAGACACCCUCGCACGCGUCCAGGCGACCCACCCGGAGAACACCCAGCUCAAACUGUACGAACUCUUCUGCACCAUCUGUAACCCAAAGGAGCCCAGACUUGUGCUGGUGCCCAAACUGGUCGAGCAGGGAAUGGUCCUGGGCCUGCAGGAGUGGCGUGCACUGCCAACGAUUGUGGGGGAUGCGCAUCUGGGGUUGCUGGGUAAGUUCCAGCAGCUCAUGGAGAUGCAGGAGUCCACCAAGAUUCUUUCGACCAUCCAGGCGCAGAACUACCACAGGCCCCAGGCCGUGAGCGAUCUGAAGAUGGUUCUCAACACGUGGCGUGACAGACUGCCGAACAAAUGGGACGAUAUCACAGUGUGGAAUGAACUGCUGACGUGGCGGCACAACGUGUUCACGGCGAUUAAUCUGGCAUUCCAGCCCAUGCAGAAUCCAGCGUACACAUCGGUGUCGACGGGUCAGACCCUCGCGCCGUACUGCGGGUACCAUGAGAUGGCGUGCACCAUUAAUAGGUUUGCGCACGUGGCGCGUAAGCAUAUGCUGAUGGACGUGUGCCUGUCGUCGCUCAACAAGAUAUACACUCUGCCAAACAUUGAGAUCCACGACGCCUUCCUGAAGCUCUAUGAACAAGCCAAGUGUUACCACCAGCUCACACAGGACUACGGGGCGGGCUUAGACAUCAUUAAUUCGACGAAUCUGGGCUACUUUGGCCGCAAGAAGAAAGCCGAGUUCUUCUCACUCAAGGGACAGUUCCUUCAGUUGAUGCACAAGAGUACGGAGGCCAACGAGGCCUUCUCCACAGCGCUGACCAUCUUCGACACCCUGGGCCAGGGGUGGCUGGCGUGGGGCGGGUUCUGCGAUCAACUGUUCCUAGAAACGAAGGGUACGCCCCAACACCGUGAGCUUGGUGCGCAGGCUAUCACAUGCUACCUUAACGCCGCUCGCACGUCCAACUACAGCAAGGGCAUGAAGGUCAUCGCCCGAGCCCUGUGGCUGCUGAGCUACGAUACCAAGGAUAACCACCUGGCACACAUCUUUGAGACUUACUAUGAAGGGGUGCCGACGGAGUAUUGGAUACCCUGGAUUCCACAGUUGCUGGUGUCCCUGCAAAGGCCCGAGGCGAGCGCAGCGUUUGUUGUGCUACAGGCACUCAUCACAGCACACCCACAGGCCGUGUAUUGUCCGUUGCGCACGUGUCUGAUAGAGAUGCGAUACCAGGGCGGGUUGAAUUACAGCCUGCAACAGCAGCGACAGCAGCAGCAAGCACAGGCGGCCCUACAGGCACAGGCGGCGCAACGGGCACAGCAACAAGCGAAUGCUAAUGCAGCUGGGACGACAGGUGCCUAUACACAGUCACAGUACAACCGCACACAACCUUCGCACAUGUCUACGGCUACAGCGCCGCCGGGAGGGGCGAGCGCAUCUACUGGGAUGAGUGUGGGAGUGACGAAUGUCAGCACUGGCGGUUCGGCUGGGGGAUUGAGGACAGGGAACACCGUUACUGCAGGUGCCCCGAGAAACACGAGCAUGCAACAGACACAGUACGCUAGCAACCCAUCACAGAUGCAGACGCAGGCACCGCAACCACAGCAUGUGCAACAGGGUCAACUCAAACAGGGCACCCAGCUCAAGCAGCCAGGUACGACUGUGUCCUACACCCACCCACCCACCCAGCAAAUAAAGAACACGGGUGUGGGCGCGGGGCCAGUUAUGAAGACACAGCCACAGCCACAGACAUAUGCUCAAGCUCAAGCUCAAGCUCAGGGAAAUAGGCCUCGUGCUGCCACUGGCCAAACACAGCAGCCGAAACAUCAACAACAACAACAACAACAGCCACAACAACAACAGCAACCACAACAACAGCAACCACAACAACAGCAACCACAACAACAAAAACCACAACCACCGCAGCAACAACAGCAGCAACAGUAUACUCAGCCACAGAGCCAAGCUGGCCAUACCGGAUACACUACUGCGGCGACCAAUUACGCAACCGCUCAACCACAAACCUAUCAGUCACACGCUCAAGGACAGUCACAAGCACAGCCUCAGACUCUACCACAGUCACAACUGCAAUCGCAACCACAGACGCAGUCACAGGCCCAACCACAGCGCCAACCACAGACACAACCACAGCCCAAGAUACAAUCACAACCCCAGGCACAGCCACAGACACAAAUGGAAACGCAACCGCAACCGCAACCGCAAUCUCAGCCACAGGCACAGACGCAGCAAGGAGGUGUUCCCAGGACACAACCACAAAUGCACGCACAGACAGCUUCACCGCACACGUACACCUCACAGGCCGUGCAGUCCACAUCAGCUGUCAUACCCACAGGCCUAUCCACCACAAGCACCGGAGGUGCCACAAACACCCUGAAUCAGACAAAUCAGACACAGACGGCCACGUCCACGCCUGCACCUACACAGAAUCAGUCACAGCCGCAGCCACAGCUCUCGGGCACCCAGAGCACAAACACCGCUCAGCCAUACGCACCCACGCCCACACCGACAUCACAAGGCCCAACACAUUAUAGAUCUGCCAAUCCCACGACGCAAACGCAAGCAUCUGUGGGUGGCCUCAAGUCAACUGGAGCCUCACCUCAGGUAUGA